AUGCAAUUCAAGACUACCGCCCUUUCCACCCUUCUAUACGCUGCUGCGUACGUUGCCGCGCAGGAGGAGAACUCCUCUAGCUGGACCACCUUGUCGCACACCGCCACCUACACCGGCGUUGCUGUGACGGACUACGCCACGACAUUUGGCAUUGCCGUGCAGCCAAUCACCACCAGCGUGUCCGAGGCGCCAAAGGAGCACAAGGAGAAGCCUACCAGCACCUGCGACGGCCCAGUCGCGACCGCUAAGCCUGAGAUCGACGUCAAGGUCAGCGCCUGCGCCAACGAGGGCACCCUACGCAUGACCUUGACCGACGGGAUCUUGUACGACGGCCGCGGAAGAAUCGGUGCCAUCGUUUCCAACAGACAGUUCCAGUUUGACGGCCCACCACCACAGGCUGGCUCCAUCUACGCCAAGGGUUGGGCCCUAACCGAGGAGGGCAACUUGGCCCUAGGUGACAGCGACGUCUUCUACCAGUGUCUGUCCGGCAACUUCUACAACCUAUAUGACCAGAACAUCGCACCACAAUGCUCUCCAAUUAAGCUCCAGGCAAUCAAAUUGGUCGACAACUGCUGA